AUGUCCAUGAUAGAUGAUAACUUAUUGAGCGAUGAAGAAGAGGAAUUGUGUCCAUUAUGUGUAGAGGAAAUGGAUAUCUCUGACAAAAACUUCAAGCCAUGUCCUUGUGGAUAUCAAAUUUGUCAAUUCUGUUAUAAUAAUAUCAAACAAAGUCCUGAAUUGAAUGGUAGAUGUCCAGGUUGUAGAAGACUUUAUGAUGAUUCAACUGUUGAAUAUAAGACCAUUAGCCCUGAAGAAUAUAAAAUCCAACAGUUGAAACGUGAAAAGAGAGAAAGAGAAAGAAAGCAAAGAGAAAAAGAGAAGAAAGAAAACGAUUUAGCAAACAAAAAACAUUUGAGUGGUAUAAGAGUUGUCCAAAAGAAUUUAGUUUAUGUGACAGGUUUAAACCCACCACCCAACAAUGGGGUUGAAGAUUUAACUAAUAUCUUGAAAAGUGAAAGAUUUUUCGGUAGAUAUGGUAAGAUCCUGAAGAUUGUUAUCAAUAACAAAAAAUCAUUACCUAUCACCAACCCACACCAUUCAAAUCCUGGUAUAGUUGUUUAUGUCACAUAUGUUAAAAAGGAAGACGCCUUGAAAUGUAUCAACGAUAUGGAUGGGUCUAUCUUGGAAGGAAGAAUGUUAAGAGCUGCCCAUGGUACCACUAAAUACUGUUCUUCUUACUUAAGAGGACAUCCAUGUCAUAAUCCAAAUUGUAUGUUCUUACAUGAACCAGGUGAAGAAGCUGAUAGUUUCACUAGAAAAGAUUUAAGUACUCAACAAGGUAUCAAGAUGAUGAAUAAAGCAAGAGAUGAAGAAGGUGAAAUUGAUAAUGAGGGAUCAAGAAUGUCAACUCCAACUAUCGCUAAUUCAAAUAUUUCUCAAAUUCCAACCAAUGCAUCUAAUACUAAUUUAGCUAACAUUUCAGCAUCAGCAUCUCAAACCAAUUUACCUGCAGCAACCAGUGAUAGUGAAGAAGGACCAAUGUUUCCUACUGCUAGUUGGGCCAAAGGAUCAACUACUUCACCAUCGGUUGCUAACGUCCCAUUAGCAAAUUCAUCGGCAUUCCCUUCAUUGGGAGAAAUUAAAGAAAAACAAGUUCCAAAGAUUAUUAAGAAGAGAAAGAAGGAUUUAAUUGAUGAAAGUGAAAAUGAUAGUGAUUCAGCCAUCCAAUUCUUGGGUGAAGUUACCGACAAUUUAACUAAGUUAACAAUCAAAAAACAAGAUUUAGUUGUUAAAUUCAAAGACAGCUUUAAUCAAGAAGGUACUAUAUUACCAAUUUUCAAUUUCAAUUCUAAUUUGAAUAGAAAGUUUAAUAAUAUUGAGAAGGAUAAGAUUUCAGCAAAAAGAAUCAUUGACAGCAUAUUAACCAAACCUAUCAAAAAUUACCAUUUAGCUUACAAUUUACACCCUAUCCACCAAUUACAACAACACCAACAGCAACAAGCUCAACAAGCUCAACAAGCUCAACAACAAACCCAACCUCCACAACCUCCUCAAUCUCAACCUCAACCUCAAAUGGCUAAACCUGAGCAAAUCUUGUUACAACAAUUGCAAAGACAAAGAGAUGAAACCGUUUCACAACCAUCUCAACCACCUGCAUCUUUACCUCAAUUGAAUUCACAACAAAUGAACCAACCUCCUGGUUUAGGUAAACCAGAUUCUUCCAGUUCCCAAUUAUUAUCUCAAUUAAUGAGUGGCAAAAGAUAA